GUUCCAAAGCAGCUGCGCGUGGGCAGCACACACGGGUGCAGCGAAUCCACCAUACUGCACAAACUGCGUUUUCUUGCUUCGAUUAGUGGCGGGAAUCGGUUCGUUCUCUGUUCGAUUUCCCCUAACUAGCAGCUGCUCCUCAGUCUCAAACCCUCGUCCUUAUUCAGUGUGUCGUCCAUGGGGCGCAAGAUCCAGGGCCCUCAAAAUUUUGUACUAAGGUACACAUGCUCACCAGGAGAUGUUCGGAAAUAUUUGAAGCAACUUAGUCCCCAGCAGAAAGAUUAUGUCAGAAAAAUCGGGUUUGGGAGCUUCCUGUACAUGGCAGAUUUUGAGUUAGAUAAGGAUCUUACCCUAUGGUUAUUUCAUCGGUUUAAUUGUACAACAGAGUGUCUUGAAUUUGAGGGUGGCAUAUCGAUUCCGGUGAGGCCUCUUGUGAAAAGUGUGCUUGGAAUCCCUUCGGGGCCGCUUAAAGUUGUUGAUUGUUCACGUUAUUUUGACCCUGAUAUGUACCAUCGUUAUUACGUUGGCAAUGUUGAUUCAAGAUGUAGAAGAGACACUAUUGAAAAGGGGAGUAAGUACAUCCACGCAGCUGGGAAACAGAUCUGCUCCGAAACUGAGGAGAAACAUUUCUGCAUAGCUUUCAUGAUGGCGAUUAUAGGUCUGUAUCUAGCACCAAAUAAAAAUUCAAUUACCUGCAAGCCCUUUUUUGGAGCUGUUCAACAGGUUGAUAAGCUCACUCAGAUGGAUUGGUGCGAUUUUACUGCUACCUAUCUCUUUGAAGGAAUCAGGGAAUUCAAACAACAUAAUUGCUCAGGCAUCAAAGUACAGGGCUGUGUCCACAUACUAAGCGUCAUAUUCAUUGAUUUGGUGAAAAAUGCUGCAUUAAAAAUACCAGGAGGUUUUCCACGAAUUUGCUUUGUCACUACUCAACAUCAAGAUUUGGUAAAUUCGUGUUAUCCUCAGGUGCAUCGCCUAGAAGAAUCGGUUUAUGCUUCUGUCCUUGAUAAAAUACCAAAAACUUGCUUCACAUUUGGAAUUAGUCGAAAAAGAUAUUUCGUUGAACACCGAAUGAUACAUCACCGAAAGUAUCAGUUUAAAAGAAUAGCCAGAAAAUGUGCUGACUCUGAUGCAAAUACUAAUGCUGGAGCUUAUCAGUUCGGUAAAACUGUGGAAGAUACCACAUGCAACAGUACCAAGUUGAUGGAACCACACGAGAGGUACCGAUCAGUUUUGUACUACUCACGAGCCAGAAGAUCUCAUAAGGAGGUAACUGAUUUUUGUUUGAGAAGCUUGAAAUCAGUCGCAAGGUGCAUAUAUUUUGUUCAAAAUUGAUCACUUCUUUAUAUUUAUCUGGGUGGAAUAUAUCCC